AAAGAAAAAAGGAAGAAGUUUCUUUAGCAGAAGAUAAAGGUGUACAAAGACUGAUUCAACAAAUCUCAACACUUGUUGGUCUACCGUAAUAAUUAAUCAAUAUAUAAUUUCAUAUGUGUAUAUUAUAUAUAUAUACACACACACACACUAAGCCUAUCCAUUUGCAAGCUUAAUCAAACAAUCCCAAACUCACCAUGGACAUUAUGAUCUGCAAGUACUACUCUUCCAACACCCUUCUCUAUAUUUUCUUCAUGAUCAUCUUUUUCUUUCCUCAUGCAACUCCACUAUACUUCAACAUCCCUAAACUCACAGGCGGAGAUCAAAACGUCAACAUAAAAGCCUACCCAGAUGCUUAUAUCACGGAACAAGGCCUCCAAGUCACUCCCGACGAGCGCGGCCAAGCGCGAACGGACAAAGUUGGCCGAGCCACAUAUGUGAAACCACUGCAUCUUUGGGACAAGGCUUCUCAAAACAUGGCAGAUUUCACAACCCAUUUCUCCUUUGUCAUCAAUUCAGAAGGAGACUCAGUUAACCACGGCGAUGGCCUCGCAUUCUUCCUUGUUCAAAACAUUUCCAAUUCUGAUAUCCUUGUCACACCAGGCAGUGGCCUUGGUCUUCCAGUCGACAAUGUGACAAUGAACUCUACCACUACUCCAUUUGUUGCUGUCGAGUUCGACACUUACACGAAUACUUUUGAUCCGUACGCCCCGGACAGCUCUCAUGUAGGUAUCAAUGUCAAGUCUAUGAGCUCUGUUAACACUUCAAUAUGGUAUGGAAAUAUUACUCAGGGGGGAGAAAAUGAAGCUUGGAUUAGUUAUAGUUCGGAUUCCAAAAUUCUGAGUGUUGGCUUCACUAGUUAUUUUGGUAACAGCAUCGUUCAACAAGGUAACCUUAGUCACAAAGUUGAUCUGAGCAAGUGCUUGCCAGAAUGGGUUGACUUUGGCUUCUCGGCCUCAACGGGGGCCUCUUAUGAGAAGCAUACUGUUAAAUCAUGGAGUUUCAAUUCAACAGAGCCAGCGCCGGUGACACCAAGCCCCAGUCCCGGCUCAACAGAUCCAGCGCCAGUGACACCGAGGCCAAGUCCAGGAUCAACAGAUCCGGUGUCGGUGACAAUGAGCCCCAAAGGAAACAAGGAAAAUAAGACAGCACUAGUGGUGGGAUUAAGUGUUGGCUCAUGUGUACUUUUGGGUGGUGGAUUGUGUUUGAUUGCCAUUUGCUUGCGGAAGAAAAGGAGUGGAGGAAACGAAGAAGAUGCGGAAUUUGUCUUUGAACUAUCCAUGGAUGAUGAAUUCGAGAAGGGUAUUGGACCAAAGAAGUUCUCCUACAGUGAAUUGGCUCAUUCGACUAACAACUUUGAUGAGGAAGAAAAGCUUGGAGAGGGAGGGUUUGGUGGGGUUUAUAGAGGUUUCUUGAGGGAGUUGGACUCUUAUGUUGCUGUGAAGAGGGUGUCAAGAGGUUCUAAGCAAGGGCUUAAAGAGUAUGCAUCAGAAGUUAAGAUCAUUAGUAGAUUGAGGCAUAAGAAUCUAGUGCAGCUCAUUGGUUGGUGCCACGAAAGGGAUGAGCUACUACUCGUUUACGAGUUCAUGCCAAAUGGGAGCUUAGAUUCCCAUCUUUUCAAUGGAAAAAGCUUAUUGACAUGGGCGAUGAGGUACAAAAUUGUCCACGGCUUGGCAUCUGCUCUGCUUUAUCUUCAUGAAGAGUGGGAACAAUGCGUGCUACACAGGGAUAUUAAAUCAAGCAACAUUAUGUUGGAUUCAAAUUUUAAUGCCAAAGUCGGAGAUUUUGGGCUAGCUAGGCUUGUUGACCAUGAAAAAGGAUCGCAAACAACACUUUUGGCAGGGACAAUGGGUUACAUGGCUCCUGAAUGUGUCAUUACGGGCAAGUCUAGUAAGGAAUCAGACGUCUACAGCUUCGGAAUCGUUGCACUGGAAAUAGCAUGUGGAAGAAAACCCAUUAAUCUCCUGGCAAUAGAAACUCAAUCAAGACUGGUGGAGUGGGUUUGGGACCUUUAUGGAACAGGAAAGCUUCUUGAAGCAGCAGAUCCAAAAUUAUGUGCCGAUUUUGAUGAGCAAGAGAUCAAAUGUUUGAUGAUUGUUGGGCUGUGGUGUGCUCAUCCUGAUUACAAUCUCAGACCUUCAAUAAGACAAGCAAUUCAUGUGCUUAAUUUUGAAGCUCCACUUCCCAUUCUCCCAUCAAAGAUGCCUGUACCAACAUAUUUUGCUCCUGAUCCAGUGAAUGCACCUAUAUCUUCAUUUCCAUUAUCCUUUGAUCCCACUGUCUCUGAGAGUAACCAAAUCCAGUAUUCGAGCUACAGUUACAAUACCGAUUCCUCAAAGUUCACCACAUCUUCUUCAACUUCCUCUGCAACUGCAUCUCUUCUGCAUACGCUGUAAGUUGAUUAAAAGAAUAUCAAGUUCAAGAUUGUCAUGUAAUUGAGGUGUAUUGAACUCCAUUAUCUUUCUCUCUUUUUUGUUCUCAUUCCUGGAGAAAUAAAGAAAGUUAAUUCAAUUUUCAUACAAAUUCUAUAUAAAUUA